AUGUACGAGUCCGUCGGCAUCGUGGGGCGCACCCGCACCGUGGCGUGCGACGUGUGCGACGCUGACGUGAGCUGCUUCGCUCCCGCAACCAAGUCGAUGUCGGCCAGGUGCCGCUGCCGCUGCAUCAGGGGUGUGUACGGCGACAACUGUCUGCCGGUACGCCUGCCGCGCCCGGUUGGGUGCAACCGUAUACCCGCCGCGCCGCAGUCAAGCUACACGGCGAGCGUGAGUCUGUCAGUGAGUGAGGCGCCUGGGUGGAGCGACGUGCCGUGCCCGACACUGUCCGUGGCGACGGCGACGGGUGGCCGCCUCACGCACAGCGACAUCCGCAACGGGGGCGAGACGCCGCCACUGCUGGUGGUUGCGCUGCCGCCGCCGUUCCGCUGGGCGAGCGACCCGAGUCUCAGCACGUACAUGAGCUUUGUGCUGGGGUCGCCGAAGCAGCCACACGGUUUCAGCGGGCCGUGGGGAGACAUGCUGCGCAACGCGACGUGGGAGCGCAGCGCGACGAGCCCGUACAGCGUGCUGGAGGUCGGCGUGCCCGUGUACAGCGGAUACUUCAUCGGGGUGGACGAGAAGAUACUCGUCUUGUCCAACGGGACUGCUGUGUACGGCGGGUGUCGCGGCGCGCUUGUGGGGCCUUUCACGGUUGUAUCCGGCACGCCGCCAUCGCUGAUAAACGCGCUCGCAAUAAUCAUCGGGAUCGUUGCCGGCGUGGCCACGGUUGCCUUUGUGAUUACCGGUGGGCUUGGCCCCAUCCUGGAGAUACAGACGCUCGGCGUGUUUGCAAGGAUGUCGUGCGCGACGGUGCAUGAGCGUGCGAUCUGCGUUGCGCUGCCGUACUUCCUGUCAGUGUUCGCCGCCCUCGAUCUGCUCUGGAUGGUGGUGGGCAACGCGUUGGUCGCCGUUGUCUUCGGCUGCCUGCACUACGCGCUGACAGUGGCGUACCGGCGGCGGCGCGGCGUGGGCACGGCGAGUGCGUGGGCGGUGCUGCGGUUCCCGAACCUGGCGUAUCUCGUGGCGUGUCUGAUGUACCUCGGCAUCUUCGUGUGCUCCGUGUUUAUGCUGGCGACACCCAAUGCCGGCGCUGCGUACUACGUGCUCGGUGUGUUUGGCGCACUGUGCGGAUUGGCGUUCCAGAUCGGCGUGUACUACUUCAUCACACACUACACCGGCGUGAGCUUCACGAAGUACUGGAAGUUCUCGAAGAAGCCGCCCCACAAGCGAUGGCUGUACCCCGUCGGGUACUGGUGCCCCACGCCGCAGGAGCAUAUGUACGGCAGCGUAUUCACGACCGUGAGGGGCAGCUACGCGUACUGGUGCCUCUUCCGGCUGACGGUGCUGUGUCUGGCGGGCAUCAUUGCGGCCGUGCAGCCACCUGUGGGCAAGUGCCACAUCCCGUACUUCUGCAUGGCAGUGGUGCUGCUCGCUGGUGCCAGCGUGCUGGCCCUCACAAACAUGAUGCGCUCCACGUUCCUGACGGUGAUGCACACGAUUGGCUUCGUGCUGAUGGCGGUGCUGUGCCUGGUCAACGCGGCGAACUACCUGUCUCCGAACAACAGCGGUGUGAAGGCGUACGUGGCGAUCAUCAUCCUGCUUAUGUUCGUGCUGCUGGCGAUCAGCGUGUACGUUAUAGUGGUGUGGUGGUACGAGCACCGGCAGUGGAAGAUGGACGUCGGCGUUGGUGGCGGCACCGCAAGCGACCUGGAGCGUGCAGAAGAAGUGAAAGGUGAGGAGGGCAAGCAGGUGAGCGAAGACAACGCACCGCUGAGCAGCCGCGCGGGAACAGAAACGGAGGGUGACGCGCAGGUGAUCAAUGAUGAAGAUCUGGUGGUGGAGGAUGAUGGGCUAGAGCUUCUGAAUGUCGUUGAGGCAGAUGAUGAAGAAACAACGAAUGAAGUCCCCACACGAAGACGAGCGAAUCCACUGCGAUCGCGCAGACAUCGAACCAGCCGGGGCGGCGCACCUCUCUUCUAUGCGUUGCCUGAGGAUGAUGGCGGAGAGAUAUGA